GUAAGAAAUGUCUGAAUUGAUCGUAAUAUUUCAAAAGUUAAAUGAAUUUCUUGAUCAUGCCUUGGUUUGGGAACAAAUUGAAGAAAUUUACGAAGCGCAACGGACUAAAAACACGAUAACAACUGCGCCUAACGAAACGGAGGAGUCAUCAGUGCAGCUGAUGAAUUUACCUCUUAUACAGAAAACUCUUGCCAAUGAUCAAAUCGGUUUUUUAUUAUUAGAUUUAUGCACAACAAUUCGUUCUCUUCGAACGGAUCCCUGCGAAAGUUAUGAUAAUACGUACGAUUGUUGGGAUCAGCUAAUCAAAGCUGUGCCGCGUGAUUCAUACUUGGCCUUCGUUUAUGCAAUAGGUGGUUUAUUGCAGGUUUCACCUAUGAAACAAGCUCAUAUUAAAAUAUCCUUACUGGUGGUAGAUGUAUAUUUCUUGUCACUAACAAUACCAGGUGCCAAGGGUUACCACAUCUUUCAUGAGGAUAUUAUAACUCAUUGCCUACAAGUGUUUGCUCAUAUUGAACGUAUACAAAAUCCCGAAUUUAGAUUACAGCUGCAGGCGUCUCAUCAGCAGAUUGUUAGCCUGUGGCUUCAGUUUUCGACAUUAUGUGAUGAUUUGAAACUGGUUUUACGAUAUGUUCAUCUGAGUGACCAUCAAGGUACUCGAAACGCGAUACUCAGGAAGUUAAUAGAUAUACAGUACUUAAAUCAUGAAAAAGGAUAUGCAAAUGCGUAUGCUGUGAAUUUACAUCAAAAAUGUUUUGAAAUAUUUGAAGAAAUGAUUAACGCCCACAAUGGUGAACCCGAACAAACACUCUUGAAACUUAUGAAUAUGACUGUUUUCCUUCACACAUAUCCGUCCAGACCGAAAAGCCAAAACGGAAACUGUAAUACAGCGGACAAUGAAUGCGAACACAUAUCGGAUUGGUUUAUUAAAUGUAUAGCCAAAUAUCCCCGCUUAUUGGUAAAAGUGCUAAAUUUUUAUAUAGAAUGUAUUGUUACGAAUCCUGUCAAAUCCUGGAAAGGUGAUCAAGUACAAAAAGCUUUGGAAUAUGCAGCCAAAUAUGACGCCAAUCUAUUUACAAAGUGCAAUGAAUCUUGUGUACAGUUUUUAUGCGAAGCUAUCUAUGCUGAUGAAGUAAUGAUACGAUCCCGUGCUAUCGAUCUGAUUGCAAAAAUUCUUCAAACCGAAUCAAAAGUUGAUUGGCAGAUGUUUCGUCACGAAGUAUCUAACACCCCAAGAGAAGUAUUACUAAUUAAAGAAUUAAUCGAUAGUUUACAGGAUCAAAAUAAUAAUAUUAAAUUAAAAGCAGUACAAGCUUUAAAUUUGGUUUUAACAAGAGGCUCGCCUAUUGCCCAACAAAUCUUAAAUGAAUGUGUGAAAUUCACAACAUUUUUUGACGAGAACGUUCAUUUACCGGAUGAGCCAAGAGUCGGUAAAAAUGAGAUAAGAUUUGAAAAACCAAACGGACAGCAACCACAAUACACUUUUGAAGGCCAUGGAAUUGUAGAAUCGUGCAUAUCAAAGAUGCCCUCACAUAUUUUCGAAUAUCUCUAUCAAAGUCCAAUGUCGUAUAUACGAAGAGCUGGCAUCAUGUUUAUGGAACAGUUAGUGAAACUAAAUCCUUUAUUAAUAUUUAAUACAAAUUUUGUAACGGAAACGGCAAAGUUGAUAGAAGAACCCACAGCAUUAGUGCGUAAACAAACUUUAUUGUCCUUGGAUGCGAUUUUAGAAUCAUAUCCUAAUUGUUAUCCCGUAAUAUUUGUUUGGUGCAAAAUCAUAGCUCCCAUGCUACAUGACAACGAUCCCAAGAACACCGAAUUGGCUAUGGAGUGUUUUCGUUCGAGAGUUUUAUUAAACAUUAAAGGCAUUGAUCAAUCGAACCGUCCGGAACAUUUUAUGCCGUGGGUAAUAAUAAGAACGAUGCUAUCUACUCAAUCACGUUUCUACUUGCAAAACUGUUUUCACCUGGCUUUGCAUCAACGCAUGUUAAGUCCUCAAAUCAUAGGCAUCAUUGAAUCUCAUUUAUUAACGUCAAAUUCAACGGAAGCUUGGAUUGUUUUAAAUUUUAUAUCUGGAAAAAUUAAGAGUAAAGAACCGGAUAUUUUAAUACAUCAGUUCAUUUCAUUAGAAUCGUGGAAUAAAGAGCAAAACAUGUUGAUAGCCAUAGAAGUUUUGGCCAGCUGUAUACAGGACUUUUCAUAUACUGCUCUAAAUCAUGCCUUUAAUCAUAUACUUAGCCAUAUAAAAGACGGACAAAUGUUACCGAUAAUCGUUGGCAAAGCCUUUGAUUUUCUUCUACUCAUUGACAAUCGUUCACAAAUGACGGAAAAACGGAAACAACCUCCUACGGAUACAGCCAAUAAACCAUGGAUAACAGAUUUGCAUGAGCAUUUAGAAAAAGCAAUACUUGAAGGAAUUUCAGACUUUCCAGAUAAUCGUGACACGUUAAUGUGUCACCUAUACGCCUUCACAGAAGUUAAUCUUCAAACUCGUCUCAGGCCGAAUCAAACAAUAAUAUCGUUUAUACACAAGUUUAUCACAGAAUGCGCAAAACUGAAAGAAUCUGAACUUCAUUUGGAUAAUGAACGCUUAUUUAACUCAAUGAUAUUGUUAGCUGGCCGCUUAUCAUUACGUGAUAGUUGUGUUGCACGCACGACUUGUAUGUUAUAUGCUCACAUAUUGAAAUUAAUUGAUCGACCGCCAAUAAUUAAUACAAUUCUAGUGGCGUUAUCAGAUCUCUGUAAAAAGCAUACACAAAUUGUUGAAAAUAUUACGGAUAGAAUACUGUGUAAACUAAAUUCUCCAUAUGAUGUAAAUCGUUUGGAAACGUUUAAGUGUUUCGAGAAAUUGGUGCUGCAAGAUCAGCUAAAAUUGCGUGGUUCCUUACUAUUAUGCUUACUUUCCACACUUUUGGAUGUUAGUAAAGAAAUUUCAAGUAGAGCUUCCGAUUUCUUCAGCGAGUUCUUGUCGAAAAAGAAUCCAACUUUAUUUCAAAAAUGUUUAAUAGAAUGUCCAUUUGUGUUCAAUGAAUUCAAGAAUUUCGAUGGUUUGGAUAGUUUUGCGGAGGCUCAUAUAAAAUCCCCGCUGAAGGGUGAAAGUCAUCAUAAAAGUCGUCAGCUCUUGUAUGAACAUUUUUUAAAGGACAUGGAUGAUAUUAAUAUGAUAUUAUAUUUUGGCCAAUUGAAACUUGUAGCCGAAAAAUCUCAGCAUGAUCCUUUGCUGAAAUCUCCCGAGGGCAUAGCUUUAAUAAAGGAUAUCUUUUAUAUAUUAAAACGCGUAUGUCAACUCGCCAAAGAGCAAAAGUCAAGUAACGACACUCAAGAAGAAGCUGAAGAUAUGAUAGAUAUAAACGAAAUAGUUGAAAAUGAAGAAGGAGGAGGAAAUAGCAAAGCUGCAAGUAAAAACGCGGCUAAAAAUCCAGGCAUUGGUAGGGGGAGAAGAAAGCGAGAAACGACAAUGCCUGAAGCGAUGACAGUAAUGGAGAAAUCAUUGAUAUUUAUACCAACCAUAUAUGAAAACUUGAAUCAACCUAUUGAUCCAGAAGUUGAAAAAUCUUUUAACGGUGUAUGUAAGGCUUUGGCUAAAAAAUUUCCCAAUCUGAUGGAAUAUGCCCAACCUCCCAAAUUUUGGAAGAAAUACAAUUGCAAAGUUAACACAAACCCAAGAAAACGUAAGAGUAGGAAUAGAAGAGAGAAUUUGAAUGAUGAUGCAGACGAAGUCGAUCACAAUUCAAGUAGAGACAAUUCUGAUGAAAGUGACUUUGAUUCGGAUGAAAGCGAUGGUGAACCUUUAAUUACAAAAAGACGAUGCGUUGACAACUCCCUUAACAAUGCAAAUAAAGUCAGUGACUUACCUAUUGAAUAUAUAUUUAAUCCUAAUAUAUAAGUUGUAGGGAUUCUUUUUGUUUUUUUUACUACAAAUAUGUAUAAAGUAAACAUUGACUGACUCAACAUCUACGAUUUAUUAUUGUUUAUUAUUACUGCAUCCCUAUAAUAAGCUGUAUUUUUUCCAAUUGCAGCAGCUGCACUUUUUUCAGGUAUGUUAACGCA